AUGGCAUCCAAUAAGGCACAGCAGCCUCCUGCUCCGGAGCAAGCAACAAUCACAACCCUUCCAACGGAAAAUGAGGCUGUUAAUGUUGCGAUUGGGGCUCAGCAGGGGCAAAAGGAGAAAUCAGAGAGAGAUUAUGAGAAGGAGCGGAAGAAGGCAGACAAAAUGAAGAAAUUCGCCGAAAAGAAGGCUAAAAGCGGAUCUGCUGCUGCUCCUGCUGCGCCCAAAAAUUCCGAAAAGAAAGUCCCCAAAGUCGAGAAGGAAAAAAAUGCUGACGCCUAUGAUCCUCCAACCAUUGAGGCUGGGAAAUAUGAAUGGUGGGAGAAGCAGGGGUUCUUCAAACCUGAGUUUGAACCAGAUGGGAAUGUCAAGGAAAAGGGGAAAUUCGUCAUUCCCAUUCCGCCUCCCAAUGUUACGGGGGACCUACAUAUGGGCCACGGUUUGACCAAUGCACUUCAAGAUACCAUGAUCCGCUGGCAAAGAAUGAAAGGGAAAACAGUAUUAUGGCUUCCAGGCUACGAUCAUGCAGGGAUAUCGACACAAAGUGUCGUGGAAAAGAUUCUGUGGAAGACUGAAGGGAAGUCUCGCCAUGAUGUUGGUAGAGAGGUUAUGACGAAUAUGAUCUGGGACUGGACGCAUAAAUACCAUGAUAGCAUUACCACCACCUUGAAGAGGUUGGGGGGUUCUUUUGAUUGGACUAGAGAAGCCUUCACAAUGGAUGAGAACCUUUCGGCUGCGGUGACGGAAACGUUCGUUCGACUCCAUGAAGAGGGGAUCAUAUACCGCGAAAACCGUCUCGUCAACUGGUGCGUGGCUUUGAAUACCUCGCUGUCAAACCUUGAGGUUGAAAAUAAGGACCUCGAAGGCCGAACACUACUUGAAGUGCCAGGAUACCAGAGGAAGGUCGAGUUUGGCGUCUUGACCCAUUUCUUGUAUCCGAUUGAUGGCACGGAUGAAUCCAUCCAAGUUGCAACCACACGACCUGAGACCAUGCUUGGUGAUACUGGUAUUGCAGUCCAUCCCGAUGACAAACGAUAUCAGAAAUACAUCGGCAAAUUUGCUAGACAUCCAUUCAUGGAUAGAUUGCUCCCAAUUUUUGCUGAUACCAAAGUUGAUCCUGAAUUCGGUACUGGCGCUGUCAAAAUUACACCGGCACAUGACUUCAACGAUUUCAUCCGCGGAAAAGAUAACAACCUGGAAUUCAUUUCUAUUAUGAAUGAUGAUGGUACUUUCAAUGCCAAUGCUGGUCCCUUUGCAGGCGUGAAGCGGUUUGACGCACGAUACCAAGUCAUUGAAGCAUUGAAGGAGAAGGGUCUAUACGUCAAAUGGGAGAACAAUCCAAUGAAGGUGCCCGUUUGCACCAAAUCGAACGAUGUUAUUGAGCCGAUUUUGAAGCCGCAAUGGUGGAUGAGCAUGAAGGGCCUAGCUGAGCCAGCAAUUAAAGCUGUCGAGAACGGUGAAAUAAUAAUCCGCCCUGAGACUGCUGAGAAGAGUUACUUCCGCUGGAUGAACAAUAUUAAUGACUGGUGUCUGUCCCGGCAGCUCUGGUGGGGUCACCAAGCUCCCGCUUACUUCGUUCAGAUCGAAGGAGAGCACGGUGAUGACAGUGAUGGCAAUCUUUGGGUGGUUGGUCGCACUGAAGCUGAAGCUCAAAAGAAAGCGGAAGCGAAAUUCCCUGGGAAGAAGUUCACUCUUAAGAGAGACCCUGAUGUGCUAGAUACGUGGUUCUCCUCUGGGCUUUGGCCAUUUUCCACUUUGGGUUGGCCGAAGAACACCCCCGACUUUGAAAAGCUCUACCCGACCUCCGUGUUGGAGACUGGUUGGGAUAUUCUCUUCUUCUGGGUCGCCAGGAUGAUUAUGCUUGGAAUCAAAAUGACGGGCAAGGUCCCCUUCACCGAAGUUUACUGCCACUCUUUAAUUCGAGACUCUGAAGGGAGAAAAAUGUCGAAGUCACUGGGAAACGUGAUUAACCCCAUCGAUGUUAUCGAGGGUAUUAAAUUGCAGGACCUGCAUGAGAAACUGAAGCACGGCAAUCUGGCCGAGAAAGAGAUUACCAUAGCCACUAAAUACCAGAAAAAGGCAUUCCCCAAGGGAAUUCCAGAAUGUGGCACUGAUGCUCUGCGGUUUGCUCUUGUCACCUAUACAACCGGUGGUGGCGAUAUCAAUUUUGAUAUCCAGGUAAUCCACGGCUACCGUAGAUUCUGCAACAAGAUCUACCAAGCAACAAGAUACGUCCUCGGCAAACUUGGAGAUGAUUUCAAACCCCAAGCCAGCCCCACCAAGACGGGUAAAGAGUCUCUUUCAGAACGUUGGAUCUUGCACAAAUUCAAUAAAGCCGCAAAAAUUGCCAACGAGAGUCUAGAAAACCGGGAUUUCUCUGUCGCGGCAUCAACCCUAUACCAAUACUGGUACAGCCAGCUCUGCGACGUCUUCAUCGAGAACUCUAAAUCCCUUCUCCAGCCUGAUGUCCCUGCUGAAGUCCAACAAUCGGCUAAGGAGACUCUGUACACUGCUCUUGAGGGCGCAUUGACCUUGAUACAUCCCACCAUGCCCUUCAUCACCGAGGAGCUCUGGCAGCGCCUGCCUCGCCGCCCCGGUGACAAGACACCGUCAAUCAUGAAAGCAGCGUACCCCGAAUAUAACCAAGCAUUCGAUGACGUAGCAGCCGAAACUGCCUAUGAACUUAUCCUGGCCACAUCCAAGACCAUACGCAGUAUCUUUUCCGAGUACGAAAUCAAGACUAAGAGCGACAUCAAGAUCCAGACCUAUGACUCGACAAGUUUUAGGACCGUCUCGGAUGAAGUUCAUCUCAUCAAAUCCUUGGGCGGUAAAUACGUUGGAGACAUCACUGUUCUUGAUCCGGAGAAUAAGACUUCCCCUCCUGGCUGCGUGCUCUCUGUGGUGAGCGCGCAGGCCGCCGUCUACCUCCCGGUGUCCGACGAGGUGCGCCUGGAGCAGGAAGAGAAGGCCAAAGUGAAUCUUGCCAAGGCGCAGGAGGUUGUUAAGCGGCAGUUGGGGAUUAUGGGUUCAGCAGGAUGGAAGGAGAAAGUUAAGCCGGAAGUUAGGGAGUUGGAGGAGAAGAAAUUGAAGGAUGCGGAGAGUGAGGCAGCGAGGCUUGAAGAGCAUAUUAGGGAUCUGGAGAAGUUGAAGAUUUGA